AUGAAUGAUGAAAAUAUCUAUAGUGAACUUCUCGAGAAUGACGAAUUUCCUGAGUUUAAUGAAUUUCCUGGAGAUUAUAGGGAUUAUGAAUUUCUUGAGGAUGAUGAAUUUUCGGAGGAUGACGAAUUUCCUGAAAAUGAUGAAUUUGCUAAAGAUGAUGACUUCCUGAGGAUGAUUCUUCUUUUUAUCACGAGACCAGUGAUCUAUCGAUUAGUUCUAGUAGUAGAGCUGUUUCUGCAUUGGGUGUGGAAAUAUUUUAAGUUGAGCAAAGAUAAACAAUACGAUGUGUGUGAUGUUGAAGUGAUGAAUUUAAAAAACCAAAAAGUUAAAUGUGGUUAUAAAUAUCUACACAAUGGUAGUACAGGAAAUAUGAGCAGCCAUCUUCAAAAUAAACACAAUUUAUGUGAAAAUAAAAAUAAAAACCAAGAUCGUACAGUUCAACAAACAUUAUCAGAAACUUUUGAAAGGACAAAAACUAAGCCGGAUAGAGAACCACGGAACCAAGAGAUUCAGCAAGCAAUUGCUGAAUGGAUCAUCGUUGAUAAUUUGCCGAUUAAUAUAAUUAAUGGAAAAGGUUAUAGGAAGAUGAUGAAAAUCGUUGAUCCAGUCUUCCAAGUUCCCUCAAAUAAAAGAAUUAAAAAAAUAAUUAAUGAUAGUUAUCCUAUGGCAGUUGAAAAUUUAAAAAAAUUAAUAAAUGACACAUGUGAAUCAGCAUCCUUGACAACCGAUUUAUGGACCGCCCAAAGCAAACACAGAUAUAUAG